AUGGACUCGCUGGAGUCCCCAGCAUCCAGGGAAGUUGUGCGGUACCAUAAUUCAUCUGAGCAAGAUGAACAACAAUCCGAACUAGGACGCCAAAUUUCAGUCAAGCGGUAUCGAGGAGCCGUCGAAAUCCAGCAGUUCACAGAGAAUGAGGGAGACGAAGACUUUUCUGACAUUCUGGGCGUUGACGGCGUCACGCUCAACAAGACUGAGAGCGAUGCUAGCUCAGAGAAGAGCACUUUGAUGCUGAAUUCGAAACUCUCGAGUAACUCUUGGCUCGGUGAUCAGGACGAUGAGGAUGAUCCGUUCGCACAGCUUGAGGAAGGGCUUGAUGAAACGGACCUCGAGGCCAACAUUGCACGUGAUAAACAUGCUAGGUUACGAAACCAGGUGGAAGGACUCGUCGGCUCCUUGAAGACGUCGCAAGAUGAAGAGGUGCUUGGAGAGAUAGCCGAACAGCUAUUAGCCGUAUUCUGCGAUUUUCCCGAAACCAAAAACAUCAUUAUCAGCGCUCAUGGUAUGCUGCCGAUCUUAGAGAUCCUUGAUUUGUGCCGUCGACGUGACAUUACUCUGUGCCUCUUGAAGAUCGUGAAUGCGAUCAUCUACGAUGACUACGAGCUGCAAGAAAAUCUCUGCUUUGUUGGAGGCAUUCCAAUCAUCAACGAGUUUGCUGCGAAGAAAUAUCCGCGGGAGAUCCGACUCGAAGCAGCUGCUUUUGUACAACAGAUGUAUCAGACCUCGACUCUCACCCUCCAAAUGUUCGUCAGUGCGGGUGGGUUGAACGUACUAGUUGAAUUUUUGGAGGAUGACUAUGAAGACGAGCGUGACCUUGUGCUGGUUGGAGUGAACGGUAUCUGGAGUGUUUUUGAGCUGCAGGGUUCAACACCAAAGAACGACUUUUGCAGGAUUUUGUCUCGCAGUUCUGUUUUAGACCCGUUGUCCCUGGUUCUGAGUCGAGUAUUGGACGAGGAAGGGGAAUUGGCCGAGAUUGUAGAAGGCCGUAUCGCAAAUAUCUUCUUCAUCUUCUCGCAGGCCGAGAAUCAUGUCAAGGAGAUGGUCGCUGAGCGCACCGUUCUUCAUAGGGUGUUGAAAGAGCUGAAGCGCAUGACGCCAGCCCAUCAGAUAACUAUGCUCAAAUUCAUUAAGAAUCUGUCCAUGCUAUCAACAACGCUCGAUUCCCUCCAGAACUCGAACGCGAUUGACGUGCUUACCGAUUUACUGCGGUCCACUAUCAAGCGCCCACAUUUCCGAGAGGUUUCUAACCAAAUCUUGAAUACCAUCUACAAUAUGUGCCGGCUCAAUAAGUCACGCCAGGAAGAUGCUGCGCUAAACGGCAUUGUCCCCUUGUUGCAGAAAAUUGUGAAAACCGAGCGACCGCUCAAAGAAUUCGCUUUGCCAAUUCUCUGUGAUAUGGCUCAUUCCGGCAAAGUUGGACGUCGGGAGUUGUGGCGCAACAAGGGUCUUGCCUUUUACAUUUCAUUGCUCUCUGAUCCGUACUGGCAGGUGACGGCCUUGGAUGCUAUUUUCAUCUGGCUUCAGGAAGAGACAGCCAAAGUAGAAGAGCAUUUGCUGGAAAACCGUUAUGACCAGCCAUCAUUUACGGACGCGAUCAUCAGAUGUUUGACGUUAUCAAAAGCAAACGCAUUUGAGAACCUGCUUGAGCCGCUUCAGAAGCUUCUGAGGCUUAGUCCUCCUAUCGCUUCAACCCUCGCGCGCCCUGACCUUUUCAGCAGGUUAGGUCAGAAGCUACAUCACAACAAGGCCGCGGUCCGCUUAAACCUUCUCCGCAUCAUAUCUAGCAUUUGCGACUCUCGCGAAGAACAAGGCGGACUUCUCACCGGCUACGGACUCUUAGAGGCGAUUCGGGAGCUAGAGCAUGAUCCCGCAGUCCUUGUUCGGGACAUGGCUGGAAAACUUAUCCAGUUCAACGAAAAAAGCGAGGCUUAUGGACUGGGUAAGCGCAAGCCCAAUGUACGACGCGGAAGCAUGUCCGCAUCAUCCCCGAGUCUUCUUGUCAACCAGUCCGCCCCUGCCACACCCCAGAUGAGCCGACAGAGCCAAUCGAAGGGGUAUUUCGAUGGUCGAGAAAGCCAACGGCACCCACGAACCGCUCUCAGCGGCUCUGCGCUCGCCCUCCGGCCUGGGAGCCGAGAAGGAGCAACCCCGGGCAUUACAGGUGGCGUCAACGGAAGCUCGGGUGCUUCUAGGAGUAGGAUAGCCCGCGGAGUUUCGAACAGAUUAUCCCACGUCGACUUACUAGCCGAGGACGAUGCUCGGCCUCCAAGCUCAGUAUCUCGCCGGCAGUCUAUACUCCCUCGGCGUCGGCGGUUGACACAGCAGCUGGAAGGGGAACGAGGACCCUAA